AUGGAAAAAUCGCAGGAAGCCUCCGGCGUGAGGCAUGCACUGCAGGAACCCUUACCGGAGCCGUCGUCAGAAUCCUCGCCGGAACUUUUGACAAAGUCGAACAUUCCAACAGGUUAUUAUCUUAAAUAUAUCAGAUACAAGGGUCAAUAUCACCUACAAGAGCCACGGUAUCAACUCAAAAACAGCCUUCUCGCCGCCGUGGGCUUUUUCGAACUUGCAAAUGCGGGAGAUUUCGCUGCCAAUGUAUGGAAUUCCGUGCCUAUACCGGCUUAUGCCAUUGCCUUGAUGGCUAUUGGUGGCACGUUUGCUCUGUUCAUGACCUAUUUUGCGUAUCGGGACGCUACGUUGAGUUGGCGCAAUCUCCAAGGUCUCCGGUGUGAACGGCAAUUCUUGAAAGGGACAUUAAAGAAGGCGGAAGAGCAACAAUGUGACCAAAGUGGAGAACUCUCUAUCCUUGUCAAGGCCCUACUUGAUGUCAAUCAUCGGGAGACAGGCACUGAGAUUAUAGACCGCUUAUGCAUGGAUAGUUUGAUGGGUUUUGGCGCAACUAUGGUGGGAGUUGGCACCUUCUUAGCUAUUGGCGGGGCGAACCAUAACGUCUGGCUGGCUAGCAAUUUACUGUCAGGAUACAUAGGAAACGGGCCUUUAGCACUCUACGGAUUGGCCAAUCUCUGCUGGUCGAUAUACGUCUGGCUGAGAGCACGUCGACACGGCAUAUCUUACCAUGCAAAACAGACUGCACAAGUUGACAAGGACCCGACAGUGGGUAAGCUCUUGAAAGGACGGAUCGAAUCUGUCCGGAUUCACGCAACUCUCAACGGAAUUACGGGCGUUGUAGCCGGCGCUGCAUCGCUUGUUACCGCGACAAUGUGGUGGGGAUAUGUGGUUCUGAUUCCAUGCAUCAUAAUUUCAGUGGUAGUGAAUUAUUUCUGGCGUCACCGGCUGGGUUAUGAUCGUCCAUUAUUUGUGGAGGAUCUGCCGACUUUUGAUAAAGCUGCCAUUAGCGAGGAAUUAGUAUACAUUGCAGCACUUGAACGCCUAUUCCUCCGCUCCACCACACCAGUGAUGCUCGCAAGCAUGGUCUCAGAUCCACAGUCAACCACGGAAGUUAUCGAGUUCUUGGUAAAACACAACCUUUUCGACGCUUUUAGCAGGCGUAUCCUUAAAGACAAGGAGCUUUCUGCCAUUCUCUUCGAUCUUUCGGGCACGACCGUGACUAUAUACCCCAGUGCGUUGGCAUCUAACAGUGAUGAUUCGGUCAGUCGUCGUCUUCUCGAUAUGGCUCAAGAUUGUGUCACAGAAUACGGGCUUGUGCAGCUCAAGUAUCGAGAAAGAUUUCUCCUAGAGAUCUUGGGCUGUUACCUGACGGCUUUAAAUACCAAAAUCACGACCACACACCCUGCAGACAAUGCCGUUUAG